AUGGUUUCCCUGUUACUCGAGUUUCCCAGCGAUGCUCUCAAUAACGUCCUUUACUUCCUACCGCAAGACCUGCUUCUCAACUUGGCCUUGACGAAUUUCCACUUCUAUGAGCCCUGCCUCAAGAGACUUUACCAGAGAUUGGUGAUCCAGACUGACCCGGCUUUGAGAUCAGCAAGCACCGUUCCUGCUCACUAUAGACGAGACGAUUUUGUGGAGUCUUCAGCGACGGUGAUAGCAGGAUUGAGCGAUAUUGAGAGACCAAGACAGGCACACUUGAAGAUGGUAGAGGCGAGAGUGAGAACGCUAAUCACCUCUAUCCAAGUGAAUCCACAAUUAGCUCAGUACAUAGAGCUGAUAGAGAUAGAAGGCAGUUUCAGCAACAGUGUCGAGAAGGCUAUAUAUGAAUUGCUCCAGCUUCUUAGCACACUUGCCGAUGAAAUCACCAAGAUAUACAUAUCAGAUCUGGGCCUAAGAAAACGACUCGGAUGGAUCGAUUUGUCGAGAUCAUUCCCUUCCUUGACAUCCAUUUGCGUUGACAGUGUUCUGGAGAUAGCAGACCUCAAAGAUUUUCCAAAGCUUCACGAGAUCGUGGUGGCCGAUGUUGAGAAGGAUCCAUCCAUGAAUGCAAGCCACGUUCAGGUUCUCACGAAGAUCGAGCACCUCAUAGUCAGUUCUGAAGCAGAUGUUUCAAACAGGUUUUUUGAUGCUCUUUGGUUGCUCUACAAACAACAGCCAUUUGUGUUGAACAAACUCAAGACCUUCACAGCAUACCAUUGCCACGAGCACCAGCACACUUACCCGUAUGUGGACUUUCUGAGUCUCGAAAACUUCCAAAUUUCUCUAGGCUGUGACGAUGUUGGAAAUUGUGAUCUGGAUUGUUUGGAAACAUGCUUAUCCCAAUUUCACUUUACUCAACUUAAACGUUUGGCGGUGAUCCAGAACAGCCACCAUAUCCACAACAAUCAUCGCUAUAGUGAGAUCUGGGACUUGGCUGUCUUCAAUUUUGUCAAACUGGUGGUUGAAAGCUCCGACACCUUGAUCUACCUCUCCAUUCGGCACAAUGUGCCUCCCGAUGGAGUGAUUGACGAUGGAUUCGAAGGCAACUAUCUCAGAAAGGUCAAGCUUUACACAAACUUGCUUCCGAAUCUUCUUGCAACCCUCCAGAAACAUGUGGUAAAUUUGAUGCUUCCGAAUUUGGUUGCAUGUCUUUCUUGCUACGAACAACCAAUGAACACAUUUAUGUGGAAUGGUUGCAAAUGUGACCACUGUGACAAGUAUUUAGAGAAGCUCGACGACUACCUUCUUUAUCACAGAUACUACAGCUUUGGAAAGCAAGUUUACAAGGAUGUGUUGACGGUCCAAUUGAUGAGAGCGAUGAGUGAGGUUUUAGCAGACCGUGUGGUGUUCGACACAAACUAUGGGGACUUGUUUCAACUACGCAGACCUUUGAGGAACAUGAACUGGAACUUUCACAACAGCAAAUUCUCCAUUCCGUUCAUGUGUUUGCCGGUGAAGACAUAUGAGAUGGCUGACUUUGAAGAUGAGAAGGCAGAGUUGAAAGAAUCACACGAACGGUUUUUUGAUGCGGAAGAACACGAAAAUGACUGCCAGUUCCUUCGUAAAGAAACGUUUGUUCCCGACUACUCGGUCGUGGUAUCACAUUUCCUCAAUGACUUGAUCAGAAAAAUGAUCAACCUUAAUCGAGGUGAUGCUGAAGACGUUCUUAUCGGCCAAGAAGGUGACGAGAACGAUGGAUUCACAAACUUACGAAUCAACAAAAUGCUUAUCAACGGCAUCAACUUCAAUUUCGACCAUGAGCUCAAUGGAACAAUUUUUUUCAAAAAUGUCUACGAUGAGCUUGACGACUUCGACGAGGACAUCAAGUACGAGAUCUAG